AUGGACCCCCCACGCUCGACGUCACGGUCGCGCCGGUCCUAUCCGAACCUCCACAACCUCUCCAUAGCCCCGCUCAGCGCCAAAUACCCACUCGAUGCCUCUGUGCCCCCAUCGCCCAUCGAGCCAGCUACCCACGCGCCUCGCACAUCCUACAUCGCCCAGAAAUCCGCCCCUGCCACCCCCGGCGUGCUGAGCCUCAGCCAAAGCCGAAGCAGCUCGCGGCAGCGCACCAGGAAAGCUUAUGCAUACGACAGCUACUUUGUCGAUGCCAGCUCUGAAAUCCGCGCCCCUGGCGACAUACCCAAGGCCAAGAGCACCAGCGUGCUGCAUCCUGGCGUGAGCUUCACCGAUGAAGUCGUGGGGCCAGCAGCGGCAGCAACAGCAGCAGCAGCAGAUGGCAAUGAGCCACGCCAUCACACUCGAAAGGGCACGGCGCCGCUGCCUCUCCGCUCGCCCUCGAUAAAGCACCACACCAAAGAGGCUGGCCACGAGUGGUUCCACCGCGCGGGCCUCGCUAUCGCGGGCGAAACAAGAGAUAGCAAAGGACAGGGCUGGCUGGUGCGCCGCGAAAGCUCCACCAGCCUCGUCGGCCAGACAGACGAGUACGAGCAGCACGCUUCGCAUGACGACCGCCGCAUGGCCCUCCUCUCGGGCGAGCACAUCAGCGAGGCAGACUACCCCGUCACUUUUUCGCCCCGCGUGUCCAGGCCCGCAAGCCGUUUCCCAAGCCGCAUGGGAUCGCGGGUGCCGAGUGCGCGGCCCAGCCGUCGCGGCAGCCGAGUAGGAAGCCGGGUCGACAUCAUGACGGCGCUGAGCAGCAAAUCCGUAGCUGCGUCUGCACGCCACAGUCUCGACCUGUGCGAGGCCGACGACCGCUUCGUGGAGCCCGACUUCAUCGAGGCCGACGACGACUCGGACGGCGACGAGGAGGAGAUUGCGAGGUUGGCGCGCGAACGCAGCUUUGGCCUCGGGGGCUGGGUCGACCGGCUCAUUGGGUGGACGCUGUUUUCCGUCGACGAGGAUAGAGAGGGCUCUGAUACCGAGGAUGACGAUGACCAUGUCGACGGCGACACGCAUCGAGGCAGUGCGCUGAACCUGGAGAAUCUGACAAAAGAAGAGCUGCAGCUUCGCCGCGAGGUCGAGGCUAAGCGCAGGAAGCUGGAGAGAGAGGCCAUUAUCGCGGCGUCAGCGCUCAAGACGCCUCAUGGCGGAGGUGGUGCAACGGAUGAAGCAGACAGCAGACCGAGCACAGCGGGAGGAGAGGGACAUCAGGCGCGUGGUGGGAAUGAAGAGGCAGGCGGUUGGCAGGAUGCGGCGUGGUUGCUUAGUGUGGCGUCCAAAGCCCUUUUCUAA